AGCUCUAGUUAGUGCAGGAUAAAGACUCUCAAUUUGGUCCUCCCCAGUCUAGACAUCACAUCACUAGCCAAGUCUGCUACUUUAGCUGUAUAUAUUUUAACAAAAUGUCAACCACGACCGGGGGCGGAGAGUUUGGCAACCCUCUGCGGAAAUUUAAGUUGGUCUUUCUGGGUGAACAGAGUGUUGGGAAGACCUCACUCAUCACCAGGUUUAUGUAUGACAGUUUCGACAACACUUACCAGGCAACAAUUGGUAUUGACUUUUUGUCAAAAACAAUGUACCUAGAAGAUCGCACGAUUCGGCUGCAGCUCUGGGAUACAGCCGGACAAGAACGUUUCCGCAGCCUCAUCCCCAGUUACAUCCGCGACUCAGCUGCUGCUGUGGUGGUUUAUGACAUAGCCAAUCUUAAUUCUUUCCAGCAAACCUCGAAAUGGAUUGAUGAUGUGAGGACAGAGAGAGGAAGUGAUGUAAUUAUUAUGCUUGUUGGAAACAAAACAGACUUGGCAGAUAAAAGACAGAUCACCACGGAGGAGGGCGAGCAGAGAGCUAAGGAACUGAAUGUCAUGUUCAUUGAAACCAGCGCAAAGACUGGCUACAAUGUCAAACAGCUUUUCCGACGUGUUGCUGCGGCCUUGCCCGGGAUGGACAGCACACCAGAGAAAAGCAAAGAGGACAUGAUCGACAUCAAAUUGGAGAAACAGCCAGAGAUGACUGUAACCGAGAGCAGCUGUUCAUGCUAGUACAUCUCAGCCCCACCAAGCCUGUUUCCUCCCCAACAACAGCUUGUCUCUCAGUGGCCACUCUCCACCCAUGGCAACUUGCCACUGGGAUGGAGCACCUAUCAUUUUUUUUGUUUUCCUUCCCUUCUCAACUCAGUGACUUUUCAAAGUAACCGUGUGGAUGUGCAUUACUGUAUUGAAUCUGAUUAUCUUGGGGAAAAUAGUUCAGAAACAAAUAAGUUAAACAUGUUCAGAUUUUCAUCCAGUUGCAUGGCAUUAUAUAGGACUGCAGACUGACAUAGCUAACCGCUCUUGAGUUUAUGCACAGUCCAGGAUCUUAGUGCUGUUUCUCUUGUUGUUGUAAAGUUAACUUUCUUUGGAAUAUGUAAAUGACUGCGAGGUUUAAGUUUCAGCCCCUUUUUAUUUUAAGAACAAACAGUUUUAUCUCAGACGGCUCAUUUCUCAUACUUUCUCUCACAUUUUGAGGAAGUAGAAACAUAAUCUUGCAUCAUCUAAAGCCACGUUGAUAAAUGUGACUAAAGUUAGGCUUAUGUUACAGGAGAUACGUGGAGCUGUUUUCUCUGUCACUUAUACCUGCUUCCUAAGAGAUAAGCUGCCAAAUAUAUCAGUUGUGACCAAAUUAGUAUAAUUUCAGUACAUAUUUAAAAACAGUGCUGCAAUAGGAUGAGUAAAAAGUAACAAGGGCGUUUCAUCAAAGGGAAUUAUUUAGGUCACUAGCCCUAAACUCUGCAUUAAAACUCUUAUCAGCUAUCAAUGUUAAAUUUACUGCCUAUACUAACACAUCUGAGGAAGAUACUGGUGGGAGUUUGGUCGCAAUGUGAGGUUGCCUCCAUGUCAUCGAUAGUUUGUGUUGUGCUGAUGACACUAUUAUAAGAACAUGCAGCAUGCUCACCAUGCAGGAUUUAUAUGGAUAAGAACACAGAUGCCUUGCUUGUUUGUUCACCAUGUUGUGCACUGAAUCAAGCCACAAUAUUGUAAAUUAUCAGAGGAGCCUGUUUACUGGUUCAUGGCUUCACUAGUUGUCUUUGUAGAGCUGUUUGGUUGACGCCCUCAGACACGGCUAAAGCUUACUAACAGCCUCGCUGUAAACAGAAAAAGUGCAGAGAAGUUAGUUGCAGCGUCCUUUAUUGUGUAGUUAUUGCCUGCGGAGGACCUUUGGUUUUAUGCCUUUUUAUUUAUUUUGUAACUUGGACUUACAGAUGACCUUCCUGAGCUUGACCAAAAGUACAGACGCUGCCACGCAUGUUGGAAGUUUACUUUAUUUAUUGUGUGCGUGUCCGCUAGAGCUCCACGUUAAGGUGGCAUCUUUACGUGGCAAGGCUUUUCUCUCCCUGUGCACUCUGUAGCUUAGCUUACAGUCACAGGUACAGUCAGCGACGCUUCUACACACACAUAGUCUUAACACAAUAAAAUGAACUAGCCAGAGCACAACAAAAGACACUUGUCGUUUGAUGUUGCUUGUUUGGGGAUGCGGACGUUUUAAAAUGGGCUCGAAGGUUUGAGUAUUUUAUUUCCUUCACGAACAAACAGUUUAUCUUGACCAGCUCUUCUAUUACUUGUCACUGACUAAAUACUCAGCUUUGUCCUAUUCUGAAUUGUGUCUGUCUAUUUGAAAUAUGAUGUCUACUCGUGUUUAGCAACGUUUGUGUGAAUAAUGUACUAUUAUCUUAUGUAUAAAAAGGAGAGUUAAUGAAACACAAUUGUAGGUCUAUCACAUGGAAUAAAAUAAAGAUAUUUCACCCAAAUGGAA